AUGCAGACCCCGGAGCCCCGCGGCCCCCCAGGCCUCGAGGGGCUCCUGGCAGCCGUCGGCUUCGCAGGCGGCCAUGGCAGGGGGCUGCUGCCGCCUCCCCCUCCGACCCUCGGCGGUCCUUCGCCUCCCCCCGGGAUGAAUCCCGACUACUCGGCGGAGGGACCGUCCGAGCCUCCCAAGCAGUGCCCCGUGGCGCCGCCGCCGUCCCUGGCCGCCCCGCCGGGUCCCGCCGCCUCCGCCCCGCUGCCCUACGGAUACUUCGGCAGUAGCUACUACUCCUGCCGCGUCGCCCGCAGCUCCCUGAAAGCUGGCCCGACCCAGGGUCCCUUCCCCGCCGAGAAGUACCUGGAUCCUCCCGCAGACAGUGAGGACUUCCAGAGCCGCCCCGCCGAGUUUGCCUUCUACCCCGGCUACGGGACCCCUUACCAGACCGUCGCCGGUUACCUAGACGUGUCGGUGGUACCCGGGCUGGGGGGCCCGGAGGAGGCCCGGCAUGAGACUCUGCUGCCCGUGGACGGUUACCAUCAGCCGUGGGCUCUGGGUGGCGGUUGGAGCAGCCAGAUGUGCUUCCCCAAAGAGCAGGGACAGGCUGGGUACCUCCUGAAAUCCACCUUUGCAGACUCCUCCGGGCCGCUUCCUCCUGAGGGCUGCUCCUUCCGCCGAGGCCGCAAGAAAAGGGUCCCGUACAGCAAGGGGCAGCUGAAGGAGCUGGAGAAGGAGUACGCCAGCAGCAAGUUCAUCACCCGCAACAAGAGGAGGAAGAUCGCCGCCGCCACCAACCUCACGGAGCGACAGAUCACCAUCUGGUUCCAGAACAGGCGAGUGAAAGAGAAAAAAGUCGUGGCCAAAAUCAAAGGCAGCAACAGCAGUCCGUGA